UGCUUUUCCAUUGCUGCUUGGCCGGAUGCAUUGACCAAGGCUAUUUAAGGAUGCCAUGCUCUGAUGCGUGGCGCAGUUAAGACCCGAGCCUGACAGCGUAAAGGUCCUCGCCGAGGUGCACCAAGAUAUUUCCACACACGAGCAGACAGCCAGAGCCAAAGGAUUGGAUAUUGGAGACGGGGACACGGACGCUGAAAUCGCAGCUCUAAUAGAGCAGAGGCCAACACGUUCGGUGUAUAAUAUUUGAAAUCAAAGCGUUAGGGUCCAACCAUGACGACGCUGCACGUGAAUCAGAAGCUCAACAUGCGCACAACGGCUGUCAAAAUGAAAAGGACACGGCAUUCAGCAUCCUGUCCUUCCCGGAGUGCUCGUCUUCGACUCCGUCUAAGCUACAGCCACUGCUGCCACAACAUUCACAGUCACAGUCACAAUUUCAAUCGAAAUCCAAGUCCAAAUCCAAAACCAAGUCACAGUUCGAUUCCCAUGGCCGGAAAGUGUCACAAACAACCGGAAACUGGCCGGGCCAAUUGAUGCUGAGGACAUCAAGAGCAAGGCCAAGGAGUCAGCUGACACAAACUAAGAUAAUUCAAUCGCGUUUUCUACAUAUUUACGGUUUACUUUGCCUCGGUUCCUUGAUGGGUUGCAUUAGAACUAUUUGCGCUUCAAUUGUGCAGCAAACGGUUGCGGAAGCGGAUGGAGCAGAUAAAGAGCGGGAAGCGGAACCGGAAACGGGCGCAGGAGCAGGAUCAAGAGAAGGAGCAGAAGCUAAAAGGAGAGCGGAAACAAAAGCGGAUGCGGAAGCGGAUGCCCGCAUCAUGGCAACGGGAAUUUGCAUUAUAAGACUGAUAACAUUAAAGAGAUUUCUAGAGAUUUCCACAACCGACGAACACAAUCAAAGGCGCCAGCAAUCAGCAACGUCAGCUGGAGUCACCAGCCCACGGAGUAGGAGGAGACAUCCCCAUCCACACCCGGGACAUCCCGGACAUACAGCCAACCAUCAUGCAGCAGGACACCCAGGACACCCGGAGGCGUGCUGGCGCCACCAGCUGACGCCGAGCACACUGUUAAUGCUCCUGCUGCUCACCAGCCUGUGGCCAGAUUGCUGCGACUGCCUCCAUGGUGGCAGUAACACCGUCAAGACCAAGUACGGUCUGCUGCGGGGGAUUGUGGUGCGCUCGUCGCCGUUGGUGGAGGCAUUCCUGGGCAUUCCCUACGCCUCUCCGCCGGUGGGCAGUCUCAG